AAGACUGUUCUUUAUAAGUGAUAUAAUCCGUGCGUUGACAUUCAUCAGUCGAAACUAAUUAGCCAAGCAAGAGAAAUGCUCCUGAGAGUUAUUCUACUAGCCACGGCAGUGUGUGCCUAUACCAGCAGUUCCAUUGGCAGAAACAGCUUUGAAGCCACAUUGGGAUGCCUUCAAUACAACAGUGACACGGAUUAUGGCUUCGACCAUCCGUACUAUCCAACGGCCAACUGGCGAAACAUUAAACGGUCCACGAUCAACGGAACCGUCCGAAUGCGGAUGGGUGUCAGUGGGGACAAAAGUGCCUACAUCAGGUUGGCUCAAACCGCUCGACCCUUUGGUGAUUUCGUGCACGAAAUCGUGUUAGGUUUUUUCAGUGACAAUCGGUCUUACCUGCAACGAUACAUCCGAAGCAGUCCCAGUUAUGUGCACUCGCACCAGGUUUUCAAACUUAACUAUAUCAAGAAAAUUUCCUUCUUCGAGCCGCUCAUGUUCACCGUGGAAAUUUAUCCCAACGGGCGGUUGACAGUGACGCUAGAUUCGGAGCAGCAUCCCUUCAUCGACGAAACCGAUCUUGGAAUUCCGACUCAGUACAUCGGUUUUGCCAACUGGAACGCAAACGAUACGGCUGUGUUGUGCAUCUUUCGGUCCAUUCAUGGAACCGCAGCAUCCCCGAGUUCCGAGUCGCCAAAGGUUGAGGAGGAGGACGCGGGAGGUGCGUGA